AUGUCUACAGAGAAUCAUAAAACUGAUCAUAUCCCUGAAUUGUCUCCUCGCUAUUCAGAAACUCAUAGUGAUGAACAGCUCGGAGGAAAUACCUACCGAAUGGAUCCCUUGUUAGAGUUAGAAUUAGCUGAAGUGCGUUUAGCUCAGACAGAAAGAGAAAUUGAGUUAGAACGGUUACGUCAAAAAAGGGAAGAGAACAUUAUAAUCAAGCUGUGGUUGACGUAUGAGUCUACAUCUGCCUCACAUGCAUGUGAUGUUCCUCCUGGAAAGGACUGGAUAACAAUGAUAUCUGGAGCUUUAGACAUACCAAAGAAAGAGAUCAUAAGGUUUGAUGGUAACCCUAUGAACUAUUGGAGCUUCAUACGGAAUUUUGAGGACUGUUUUGACGAGAGUGUUGGAUUCCGAUCUAUGUUAAACCAUUUGAUCCAGUAUUGUGAUGGUAAAGCUAAAGCAACUAUUGUUCAAUGCGCAUUGCUCGGGCCAGAAGAUGGCUAUCGUAAAGCGCUAGAGCUUCUCGAGGAAGCAUUUAGUCAGAAGCACAUAGUAGUCCAUGCAUUUAUUGAUAAGAUGCUGAACAUCCCUGCCAUUAAGGGGACUGAUCCAAAUAAUUUAAGAAGGCUGUCUCGUGAGAUGCGUAUUUGUGGGCUAACACUCACGCAGAUGAACUAUGUAUCCGAUCUUAAUUCUGUAAAGACUAUCGAAUGCAUGUUUUUAAAACUACCACUACACUUGCAAAGAGAAUGCGUUAAAGUUGCAUGUAGAAUUUCUAAGACAGGUAGAGAAUCUUUAUUCAAGGACCUCUGCGAAUUUGUAAAGGAACAGUCAGAUAUAGCUAACACCAGAUACGGCCUACUUGUCAUUCGCGGUAAUAAUAGUGACAAAAGGGAUGUUGGCGUUUCGAAAGGGAAAAUUAAUGCAAAUUACAAUGCAGCAAGCAUAUAA